CACAGCUGGGUGAUGGAAAGAGCUGCAAGGCUAAUUGGAGAGAGUUCAGCUUAGGUUACACGCAAAGAUCCAAACCUCCCUCGGUGCAGAUCUUAGCCUCCUUUUUAAAUCCUUUGUCUCCUCUGACUGGUUGUCCUGAGGAAGAACUGAUUUACGUUUGUGCUGGGGAGGGAAAGAAAGCCCCUGCCUUUUGGUGUCAAAGAACCUACAAAUAUUAUUCUUCUGGGUGGCUAAAUCUGAUUUCUUGCAGACUGAUUCCACAGCGACAUCAUGGUGACUGUAGUUGUGAAGAAAACCAAAGGUCUCGGGCAGGUGGAGCAGUAUCAGAGAUAUGUGACCAAAGCAGAGGAAGAGGCCAUGAAUGGAAAUCUGGAAGAAUCUAUCAGACUUUACAGUCAGGCCCACGAAAUCCAGCCCAGUGAAAGCCUGAAGGGAUGUAUCAAAAACCUAGAGGAGAAGUUGGUGGUGCUGACCUUGGAUCAGGAGACAGAUCAAGAGUCGGAUGAGUAUGUGAAUGCAUGUCAGAGUGGGCUCAUGCUCUACAGAGAGAUGCACGAAAAGCUGUUUGAGCAUCAGAAAGAAGGUGUUGCCUUUUUAUACAGCCUGUACCGGGAUAGAAGAAAAGGUGGCAUUCUGGCCGAUGACAUGGGUUUGGGAAAGACCAUCCAGAUCAUUGCCUUUCUUUCAGGGAUGUUUGAUGCAGACCUAGUCCGGUCUGCGUUGUUGAUCAUGCCGGUGACGCUUGUUAACAACUGGAUGCAGGAGUUUGCCAAGUGGGCUCCAGGAAUUAGGGUGAAGGUUUUCCACGGGGCUAGCAAGAAGGAACGGCGCCACAAUCUAGAACGAGUACAAAGCAAGAAGGGAGUCUUGCUCACUUCAUACCAGAUGAUCUUGGCCAACUUGGAACAGCUCUCCACUUUGGACCAGCAGACAUUCAUUUGGGACUAUGUCAUUUUGGAUGAAGCACAUAAAAUUAAAACCCCAUCUGCUAAAACCACAAAAGCGGUGCAUGCCAUCCCUGCCAAAAAUCGCAUCCUCCUUACAGGCACCCCAGUGCAGAACAACCUACAAGAGCUUUGGGCUCUCUUUGAUUUUGCUUGUCAGGGAGCUCUGCUUGGCACAGCUAAAACCUUCCGAAUGGAGUAUGAAAAUCCUAUCACGAAGGCAAGGGAAAAGGAUGCAACUCCAGGGGAGAAAGCUCUUGGGCUUAAGAUCUCUGAGAAUCUGAUGACCAUCAUACAACCGUAUUUCUUGCGGCGGAGUAAAGACGAAAUACAGAAGCUGAGCUUUGAACAAGCAGCUGGCCCAUCAGGAAAGGAGAAUAGCAAUGUUGUCCUAGAGAUGCCUUCUCUUCCAAGAAAAAAUGACUUCAUUGUGUGGGUUUACUUAGCACCCAUGCAAGAAGAGAUAUACAGGAACUUUCUUGACUUGGAUCAUAUCAAGGAGUUGUUAAUGACGACUCGUUCCCCGUUGGCUGAGUUGACCGUCUUGAAGAAACUCUGUGAUCAUCCCAGGCUGCUGUCGGCACAAGCUUGUAUCCAGCUUGGGUUGGAGGUUUCUGAUUACUCUGAGCAAGAGGAUGGUGAAGCUGGAACGAUUUUGGGCAUGACCCGGAAAAUCAAACAUGUAUCAGAUAAGAUUCUGAUUAAGGAAUCUGGAAAGUUGAGGUUCCUCAUAGCACUUCUGGAGAAUCUGCAAAACGAAGGUCACCAAACCCUUGUGUUCUCCCAGUCAAGAAAAAUGCUGGAUAUCAUAGAGUGUAUCUUGACUCAGCGGCACUUUAAGCUGAUGCGUAUCGAUGGAAAGGUGAAUUGUUUAGCAGAACGAGAGAAAAGGAUUGGUGUAUUUCAGAAGGACAAAGACUAUUCAGUCUUCCUCCUUACUACACAGGUAGGGGGCGUUGGGCUCACUUUAACCGCAGCCACCCGUGUGGUGAUAUUUGAUCCGAGUUGGAAUCCUGCUACCGAUGCGCAAGCUGUCGACAGGGCUUACCGGAUUGGACAAAAAGAGAAUGUUGUGAUCUACAGGCUCAUCACGUGUGGGACAGUGGAAGAGAGAAUCUACAGGCGCCAAGUCUUCAAGGACUCGCUAAUACGGCAAAGCACAGGAGAUAAGAAAAACCCGUACAGGUAUUUCACCAAGCAGGAGUUAAGGGAACUUUUCACGCUGGAAGACACUAGGAGCUCUGCGACACAACUCCAGCUGCAGUCUUUACAUGCCACCCAGAGAAAUUCUGACCCACAGCUGGACAAGCACAUUGCUUAUCUCCACUCGCUGGAGAUGUUUGGCAUAUCUGAUCAUGACCUGAUGUACACAUGUGAAACGGCUCACGACGAGCAAGCCGAAGAUGAGGAUGCCUAUCGAUACAUUGAGCACAGAGUCCAGAAGGCCCAAGAGCUGGUGCAGCUGGAAUCGCAGCUCACCGACCUCAAACAGCAGAAACGCCCAUGAGCACCCCCACUCGUGCGCCCAUCAAGAUGUCCCCUGUAGAACGGAAGCCAUUCACAAUGUGUCCCCCGCACCCCCCAAUCUCGACUGCCAUUUUUGUCUUACCAGGGAGGGAGGCUGCUGCAGGACUACUGUGACUUUCAAAGCUGAACCAAAGACUUUUAUUUUUCCAUCACCUCCAAAGACCUUUCUCUUUUUAUAAGCCAACUUUUUUUCUGUCCUGCAAACCUCUAGUCGGCUUGCUCCAAGAAGAGGCAGGCAAAGAUGAAAUUCCCCACUGUGGUUUUUGGUGGUGCCAGAUCUCUGCAGUCCACGUUGUUCCAGUAUUUUGUUUGACUGCCCAGUAGUGCCACCUGCAAUGACAGAUUCAUUAGGUGCCAUUGGGGCAUUAUUAGAAAAAUGGACGAUGAGAAGAUACUCUUGGCUCACAACGGGAAUUCUCCUCAAGGAAUGAGUGGCUGUCGGGGGGAAUAUGGCGAGUGGCUGAACAGUGUUUCAGUUCCAUGUGGUGCUUUGCAAAGUCUAGCAAAGAUGUGCAGUGGCAGUUUCUCUCCAGAAAGAAAUGAGAGUUGGGGGGAAUGUGCAAAUGUUGCAAAAGGGACCCUGUGAGCUGGCAAAGUGACUGAACACAAUCUUGCCUUUCUGCAUUUGUGAAGUAAGUAAGUGAAAUGAGACCCAGGCUUUUCUUACAGCACUAGUUAAAAAAUAAUUACUCACCUAUACACUUUUUUUUUGUUAAAAAAACCCGUCUUGUCUAAUAGUAAAGUUUUGCCAUUUAAAAAGCCCAA